AUGCGCCGUUUACCAUCACGUGUGACGUUUCUUUUGGCGGUGCUGUUCGCUCUCGCCGCGUUGGCGUCUGUCGCGCGCGCCGACGACCCCGCGGCCUCGCUGGAGGGUGUCGUGGAUCUCACCGCCACAAACUUCGACGAAAAGGUUGGGAAGGACCUCCCAGCCCUUGUGGAGUUCUACGCGCCGUGGUGCGGGCACUGCAAGAACAUGGUGCCGGAAAUGGGAAAACUCGGCCAGGCGGUGAAGGCGGCGAAGGACAAGGUGUUGGUGGGCAAAGUUGACGCCACGCAGCAUCGGGACAUUGCCGCCCGCUUCGAUGUCAGCGGGUACCCAACGAUUCUAUUUUUCCCUGCGGGAUCGCAGGUGCAGGAGAGCUACAAUGACCAGCGUGAGGCCUCGGCGUUUGUGUCGUUCCUCAACAACCGUGUUCAGGGCCUUAAUCUUGUUAUCCCCCGCGAGCGCGCGUACGCGACGGAGCUCGUAAAGGCAAACUUUGAUGCAGUUGCCAUGGACACGACAAAGGAUGCCCUGGUGAUGUUCUACGCGCCGUGGUGCGGGCACUGUAAGAAACUCCACCCCGUCUUUGAACGCCUCGCUAUGGUGUACAAGGAUGAAGCGGACGUCGUUAUUGGAAAAUUGAAUGCCGACGAUGAGGCGAAUGCUGCGGUGCGAAACCGCUACAAGAUCACAGGGUUUCCAACCCUCAUCUUCUUUCCGAAAGGGGAUAAAAGUAACCCACUAUACCACGAAGACGGCAGAAGUCUUGAAGAUUUGGUCACGUACGUCAAUGAGCACACCGGGAAGAAACGGCUUUCCUCUGGUGAGCUUGCCAAGGAAGUCGGCGUACACGCAGAGCUCUCACAACUGCUGCGGGAAAUGCUGUCAGAAAAAAAGAGCGCUGAUGAAAAGCAGCAGUAUCUUGAAAAGGUGAAGAAGGCGGCGGCCGACCUCUCUGGUGUGGAACGUGUGCAGUACCCUCGUAUCGCGGAGAGGAUUCUGCAGGGGGGCGCCGAGUACGUGGAGAAGGAACUGGCCCGCCUUGCGCGUAUGAAGCAGCAUGAUGUGAAGGGUGCAGCGCGCGACAUGCUCACAAUCCGCGCCAACAUUCUGGCCUCCCUUACGGAUGCGUAG